CGGUUCUCUACAUCUUAUCGUGUAUACGAUUAUACGAUUUACGACCCCCACGACUUAACAUGGAUGGAGGGCAACAUAUCCAUGAUGAUCCCAGUCAGAAUCUUGUAAACAACCCUUACGGGUUUUACGACCAGCAACAGCAUACUGAAGGGCAAUACGGCCUGCAAUAUGCCCAGCAGAUGCAGGGGGGAUUCCCUGUUGUGCAUCCUGGAGCACCACCUCGCUCCCUGUCGGCGGCAGACAUGCAAGGCCUCCAGUACCGUGCCAUGAACAUGCCACCCCCGUAUCCGCAACAACCCAUGUAUAACCCCACCGCAACGCCCCCCCAACACGUGGGAUUGCCGAUUGCUGCCUCGCCCCCACCUGCUUCGCCCAGCAUAUACGAUCCAUUGUCUCCCCCCGUCUCGGGCUCAGACACUUCUGGGGAAGGCCUAUAUCAAACCCAUUCCAGGGAUAGUAGCGGCGCCGGCUCACCUGUAUCCUCUCGGGGCCACAGUCUUGUUCAUCGGCAUAUUCGUGGGUAUCACCCAACGCCAUCACCGUCAGGUUCGUCAGGUCGGCGCAGCCGCGACAGAUCGCUUUCGGACGACGAAGGAGACAACAUGGGACACGUCUCCCUGGCUGAAGCUAUCGCUAGCACGAGGAAGGAGGCCACUCGUCGCCAGAGGAUAGAGGCGGAACAACGCCGGCGAGACGAACUACGUGAUGGAUAUGCAAAACUGAAGGACGUCUUGCCUGUGUCAAACCAAAAAAGCAGCAAGGUGUCUCUUUUGGAAAGAGCCACCAAUCACAUUGUGCACCUUGAGAAGCAAAACCAGCAGCUGAACCAGCGUCUCGCCGCGCUAGAUCAAGAAGUUCAACGCCUCCGCGCGCUGAACGAGAAGAUAUCGCUCGCGGUCGAUACGCCUUCGCCUGGACAGCCCGUCCAUCCUAUCGACAGUCGUCCAUUGUCGCCUCCUCCGGAGAUAAACCCGUCCUCGCACUCCCUCACGUCUGUGCAGGGGCAGAAUCCUCCAAAUGAGGAGUCCAGCGGUUCCGAAGCCGGAUAUUGAUUGCAUCCAUUCUCUCUUUGCUCGUCGGACCAUCGUACUGCUUCCUCUCGCUCUCCUCCCUGCCCUUCUAUUCCCUCCUUUUCUUGCCAUGCUUUUGCCCCAGCAGACGCCUUGUCGCCUUGGGUUCCUCCGAUGUGCAUGGCCCUCGUAGUCGACGCCGGAUCGUCGUAUUACAAGUGCCGCAGCACCCCAUCGAUGACUUUGCAUGCCACUUUCCUGCAAUCAAUCCGAGCGUGAUCGAACUUGCUGGCCGACGACCCUCGCGGCAUCCGACUCGCCCCCAUAAUCUCCGCAACCGCCGUUCUCAUGCUUCUUUUCAACUCAUCGCAAGCAAUGUACCUUGUAUCGCAUGCAUCCAACAUAUUUACGACGGCUACGACCUACACACGACUGGCGAUGAUCCGGGGUGGACACGGAAAGAAUGCAUCGAGAUAUCAACUGACUUUCUGAUAGGCUUCGGUCUUCCGUGCACUAGGUGAUUGUUGUACGUUGUGGCUGUUUCUCUCAUGCCAGUACAACGUAGGGAUGGACCGUGACGACAAUCUUGUUCUUGCUCCUUGCAGUGGUCUCCACCUAUGUAAGCAAUGUAAUAGACUAUCUGAUGCCCCGAAUGCAAUGAAAUUGUACCGC